AUGGCUGAGGAGGAGUACGAGCACGUUUAUAAGAUUAUCCUUCUCGGCGAUGCGACUGUUGGUAAGUUACCUCGGCCACUUGAGUUUAAUUUCAUGAUUCGCUCACACAUUCUCCUAAAACCUACUUAUUACACUCACUAUUCACUACUCAAGCAACGUUUAAUGUUUUCUUCAGGCAAAUCACAUUUGCUGUGUCAGUAUAUAAAGGGGUCUCUGCCCGUCCAGGCCAAGGCCACCAUCGGCGUCGAGUUUGCAACCAGGACUGUGCCUCUGGCCACUGGGGGCAGCGUCAAGGCUCAGAUCUGGGACACUGCUGGGCAGGAGCGCUAUCGUAGCAUCACCAGUGCCCACUACAGGCGCGCCGUGGGAGCGCUCCUCGUCUACGACGUCUCCAACCGCAGUUCCUUUUACAACUGCAAAAAGUGGCUUGAUGAGCUGCGCACUUCUUCCUACGAGGACAUCGUCAUUGCUCUUAUUGCCAACAAGGUCGACCUGCUGCCCGAUCACGCUUCUAACGGCGGAGCUCACCUCAACGGCGCCUCCUCUGCCUCUGCCUUUCAUGGCGGCGACUUCGUUUUGUAUGACGAGGGCCUGAGGUUCGCCAACGAGCACAACCUUCACUUCUUCGAGGCCUCUGCUGUCACUGGCUACAACGUCAAGGAGGUGUUUGAGUACUUGAUUCAGCAGGUGUACAACUUGAAGUCCCGGCUUCCCAACGGCAACGUCGCCAGUUUGACCAGUUUCAAUAGCAUGAUCACCACUUCCCUAAACGAUAAGACUACCGUCAGUCGACUCAACAGCUCCAAUUCUCGAAAGGAUAAAAUUUCUCAAAUGGGCUGCCUUGAUAACAGUUGUCUCUCUGGUGUUUGUAACAUACAAUGA